UUUUUAAAUUCACAAAAAUAUCUGUUUGGAUAUCGAAAUUUGACCGUUGGGCGCUCAGAGGCUCUACCAAAUUCUAACAUCUCCGACUCCGACGAAGAAGUUGAGAAGCAGUGGAAAAGUUAGAUCGUGGAGCCACCGUUGUCGCCGAUCUCAGCGAAGGGGAAAGAAACGAAGUCGUUGGAGAAAGAUCUAGUGGAGUAGGAGGCGAUGUUGGAGAAAACAGACGAUUUUCUGAAGGAGAAUGGAUGAUAUCCUGAGGAAGAAGAAGAUGAAGAAGGAGAAAGUCUCGACCGUGUUCGUCGGAGAUGCUAGAUUGGUGGAGGAGCCGAAUUACAAAGGAUUCCACGGUAACAAUACUCGUGAUUCUUCUCUUGAUAUUCGGAGGCUAAAGGAGGAUCAAGAAACAGCAGUUCGUCUAGCGAACACAAUGAAAAAUUCGUUGAAGGGAAGACCAGUGCAGGCUCCUAUAUUUGAGGGUAAAGUACCUCCACAAUUUUGUUGCACUUUUCAACAUAUGGUUGUCCUUAAGGUUAAUCAGACGGAAUCAGUUGCACUUAUUCAAGUAUCUGGAACUAGAGUUCACAAUAAUAAGGCACUACAAGUUGAAGCGAUCUGGAAAAUGGAUCUUGAGGCUAGAAGUUUGCAGCCAAGUGCUAAAGCUGUAUCUGCUGAUCAAAGAGGAAGAUUGGCAAUGUCAGUGAAGAGGCUUGACCAAUCAAAAGACAGAGUCAGGGAGAUUAGAAGACUAAUGCUGGAGACAGAAGAGGUUGGUAUCUCAGUUUUCCAAGAUCUGAAUCAGCAAUGCCAAACCCUUCUUCAUGUGCACACCAAGGUUGUAAAAAUCGAUGGGCGUGUGAUUGGUGACGGAAAAGUUGGACGGGUAACAAGAACACUGCAAAACGCUUACAAGAAAGACAGAGGAUUCUGGUGCCCAAUGCCUACUUACCAAGAACCCUGAAGUACAAAACGAGAGGAUGUCGAUGAUUCUAGAUAGGUAGAGAUUUUGAUGUUCCAAGAUUUCGAUUUUCACUUUCCUUCUGUUCUUCAGAGAGUUAAUGUUAUGUUGGACGUUCUUUGUGAUUAGUUGGCCAAAGUGAUUGUAUAGAUCUGUUGUUUCGGCUCUUGAUUAUGUGGGUUCACUUCUUUGUGUUAGGUUCUCUUUAUUAUAGAGUGUUCAUGUUUUCACGCUUGCUUUAGAUACAGGGGAUAUCACGUUUUGGUCUCUCGUUUUUAAUGGUCCUCAGGUUUUGCCUCUUUUAUUUUUCAUACCAAUAUUACUUACUUGGUUUAGGUUGUAGAGUUUCUCAAAGUGAGAAACGCUUGUAUACUAGGCUUUGGCUCAUAAAUUGCAACAUGUGGCUUUCUUCUGUUGUAGUGUUUGGUGGCUGCUUGAGCGUUGAUUGGACAUUGCACGUUAUCUUGUCUCUGUUUAUGGUUUCGGGGGUUUUACUCGUUUCCUAAUUUUGUAUUCCCACUUUACUUUGAUUUUUGGAUUUCAUUGGAUGAUCUGGUUUUAAAUUGUACUUUUCUUAAAACAUUAUGACAGGAUUUGGCAACCCGUGGCAUCAAUCUCAUCUUGAGUGAGGUUGUCGAUGGUUCUAGAUACGUAUAGAUUUUGAUGUUCCAAGAUUUCGAUUUUCACUUUCCUUCUGUUCUUUAGAGAGUUAAUGUUAUGUGGGAAGUUCUUUGUUAUUAGUUGGCCAAACUGAUUGUAUAGAUCAGUUGUUUCGGCUCUUGAUUAUGUGGUUCACUUCUUUGUGUUAGGUUCUCUUUAUUAUAGAGUGUUCAUGUUUUCACGCUUGCUUUAGGUCGCUUAGGAGGAUGGUUUUGUCUUAGUUGUUUCCUGAACUCUGUUUGGUUGUUUAUGUUCUUUGACUAAACGUUUUCUUAGAGU